AUUGCCUUUCGCUUCAGGACUCUCACCCAAAUCUCUCCUUCGAUAGUCUGCGCCCAGCUUCGACUCCCACGAACACUGCGCUAGGCCUACAACGCGCCUUCACUCUACAAUGGCACGCGGCCGGCCGUCUCGAGCUGCAGCUCGUCGCAGCACGCCUGCGCGUAGCGCAACACCGCAACAAGACAGUGACGUAGACAUGGAUGACGUCGUAGAAUUGCGCGCAGAGUCCCUCAAAGCGGAAGAAGAGGAGGAGGAUGCCGAGUCUAUAGCACAAGAGAACGAUGAGGAAGAAGUUGCCUCGGAGCGCUCGCCGUCGCCAGCAAUCGUGCAACAGUUCCCGCGUAAGAAGCGGCUUGGACGGCCACCUAAGAACAGGCCUCCAGACUGGAACCAGGACCCCGAGAAUGUCUCAGAGGGCGGCACACCUAUCAAGCGCAAGCGAGGGCGGCCAGCUGGCGGCGGUCGAGGACGCCCGCCAAAGGGUGGACCGUCGCAUACAACGCGCGUGCCGAUUGACAAGGAGGGCAAUAUGAUGGACGUCAUCAACGAUGAGGUCAAUCUGCCCGAAGACGAAGAAGGCGAGAAGAAAGUCGACAGGAUGGGCAACCUCCAGGGCGGCCGAGACUACCGUGUGCGCAUCUUCACGAUCAAGGGCAGAGGAGAUCGGCAAUACAUGCUUUCUACUGAGCCCGCGCGUUGCUGUGGUUUCAGGGAUAGUUAUCUGUUCUUCACCAAGCACAUGCAACUCUACAAGAUCAUCAUCGACGACGUCGAGAAGCGCGACCUCAUCGACCGCGAAAUCAUCCCACACUCGUACAAGGGUCGUGCAAUCGGUGUCGUCACCGCACGCUCAGUCUUUCGAGAGUUCGGCGCCCGCAUCAUCAUCGGCGGCAAGCGCGUCAUCGACGACUACUACGUGACUGCUGCGCGCGAACGAGGCGACGUUGAAGGCGAGCUCGCAGACCCGAACGAUCGUCUCCCUGCACCCGGCGAGCCAUACAACAAGAACCAGUACGUCGCAUGGCACGGUGCGAGUAGCGUCUACCACACCGGCGUUCCCAGCGUACCGACGGCCAGCGGCAAGCCUGUGCCCGGGAAGCGGAAGGUCAACAUCACGUCUGCGAACUGGCAGUUCGAGCACGGUCGGGCCGCGAGCCGCUUUAACACCUCCCUCUCCGCCCUGCGCCGUGCAAAUCUAGCCAACGGCGUCUACGAUCCCCACACAAACCUCAUGUGCUACCCCAAAACCACACAACCUACGCAUGCCCGCUGGGAACGCGUGUCCGCAGCAGAAACAGACGUGCCGCCCAUUGUCGCACGCAAGUACCUCAUCGUUGAUAAGAUAUUCCAGCAACCGCCUUUCGCGGGUUUGGGUAUCCCCGGUCCUGAUGCUGAUUACGUUGACGUCGGCACCAACGGCUUGCCCAACCUCGCUGAUGAGGAUCUGGCGGAGAUGAAGCCCGAGGAGAGCGAAGUCUUUGAGCAAAUGAAGAAUGAGGAGAGGGAGUGGAGAAGUCAAUGGAGUGGGGAGACGACAGAUGGUGCAAGGAGCAAGCCACGAAUUGGGUUCGUCGGGGUUCCGGUCUAGAGGAUGGGGUAGUGAACAGGAACAAUAACGCGUUGUUGCUUGUGAAAGACGACAUGAUACCUUAGGUCAGUGGUGGGAUGAAGAUAGGCCGAGUGCUCAGACCGGGCAGAGGCUUCGUUGUUGCUUCGUGAGGACAUCGAGGAACGCUAUACUAAAUGAUACCACUGCCUUGAGCAGGUCAGACACAGGGUAUAGCUCGAUAUAUCAGAUGCCAUUCAUCGUGCUUUCCCUUUAUCUAGAUAGCUAUUAGACCCCUCCUCUACUCCCGCCCUCCUGCGAAGCAACAGUUGCUAUAGAAGGAUGUUGCGGUGUAUACAACCUUUGGGACCCGAGGGUCAGAAAGGCCGACCGUUUUGUAUCGCGGCCCCGCAG